AUGAACGUCCAUCCUCAGACACCCCUAGAUUACAGUCUCUUUGACGGCGGACGGGAUACGUUUGACAGUCUUGGCAACAGCAUGGGAGGGAUGAGCUUGGGUUCAUCAGACAUCAGGUCUAUUUUCACCCCUAACACCGGUUCAGUCCUGUCGUCACUGUCCACAUCACCCUCAAGAUGGCCUGAGCAUGGCCGUCAUAUGAGUGCCUUCCAGAACUCUCCCACGGCACUUGGAGCGACCACUACAUCGAUGACAGGCACACCUACGUUUGGAUUGGGACCUGUGCCCGGCUUGGGUCAAACUACUGGUAGUCCGAGCGCAUUCCCAAGGGUGGCCUCCUUGCCAGCCGACCCCUGGGCCACCACAAAGCACCAGCAACAACAGCGACAGUCUCAGUCCCCCGGAGGAGGUUACCUUGGCUCGAUUGGCGAUUUGCGUUCAUCGCCUCAAGGUAUAUCGACGACUUCUUUGGGCGGAUUGCCACAGGGUAGUGGGUAUUAUUCACCAGGCGGCUACUCGCAGUCACCGCAUACCACCAUGCACACGCCCGAGACUGCGUACAACAAGGCUUCUGGCUUCCAGAUGUCGGGCAACAUGACACCUGUCCACCGGUACUCUGGCAGCAACUCUCCCGUCCAUGGACCAACAGGAACUCCUGGCAACUAUGGAAACAUGAUGGGUUUGCCAACCUCGAACCAGGCUGGGUCGACGCCAAGACCCUCAUCUGGAUCUGCAGCCUCUCGCGGCAGCAUGCAGUUGUUGGAGGACAAGAUGUUGGCAGGUUCGGCCUUCGGAGCAGGAUAUGGGCCUGCUUUGAAUAGUGGAAGCGGAGCACGCACUGGAUAUCAACAGCAGCCACCUCAGCUGCAACAGUCGCCUCUUCACUCCCAGGCGCCAAACUCGCAGACCUCGUUUGCCGGUCAGCCCUUCCCAACACACCUGCCUGUCCACCACGGCGGCUCUUACCCACAGCAGCGUCAGCGUCAUUCGAGCCAAAACAGCGCGGCAAGCCACCAUACCAUGGGUCUCGGUCAUAUUGGAGGAGGACCUGGAUCUGCAGGCGGAAGCGUCAACAGCGACGAGAUUUCGACGGAGGAGGAUAGUGACGAGGUCUUUGACGAGAUGAGGAAUAGGCAUAGGAUGCACAGCACCCCGACAUCGCUUUUCCAGCAGCAUAAGCAAUUGCAGCAGGGCUAUCACUCGAGUGGACUCAGUGCUGGAUAUGAGGGAUACACUUCCCACAACUCUUCGUCGUCCAGCCUUCUCAAUCGCCGUGGUUCUGCCGGAUCGUCUCACAGUGCUCACCUCCAACAGGCUUUCUUCUCCCAGAAGAAUGGCGACUACACGGCUGGUCUUGGAAACGGAGGAAUCGAUAUCUUUGGCCAAGGCUCGCUUGUAAACAGUAUGGAGAAGCAGGAGGGCGACCUGAGCGUGGGUGGAUCACGCUUGUCCCAAGGAAGGAUUGGCCAGAAUCGAACUGUUGGAGGCAACACGGGUAAUGGUAGCUCGGGAUUGCCUGGACUUGGUUCUGAGUUGAGGUUUGAGGAGGACCGUGGCUUUUUCUCGAGCGGUUUUGGUGGAAUCAUUGGAGACGGGGCCCAUGGUUAUGGACAGUUGAACGGCUUGGCUCAGGGACAGGGCUUUCUGCCAUCUACGACGAACGGAGCCUUUGGAACUCACAACACCAACGCGGCUGUGGGCGGGCCAAGUUUUGGCGGCUUUGGAGAGACAGGUGAUGGUCAAGAUGCACGCUCGAAGCUCCCAUCGACCCCUGGACUCUCGGCCACUGCCGCUCCAUUCUACAUGGACACUUCGUCGCAGCAGUUCGGAGGCCAAGGUGUGAACCGCACCAGUGAUGUCAACCGUACUGUUGGAUGGGACCGAUAG